UGACAAGUUCCCUCCUUGGGUUGUUCUCUUGAUUGGUUCUCUGGCUUGCUUCUCUGGUUAUGGCGUUCUCUGGCUCGCUGUGAGCAGAACUGUGCAGUCCCUUCCUUACUGGUCGUGGGUAUGAAAAUUGCGAAGUUUUCUGAGGUGGUGGUGAAUGAAUCCUCUUUAAUGGGUAAGUCGGACUCAUCUGAACUUGCAUUAUCUAGGUUUUAUCCUAUCUUCAUGCUCAAUUCUCAAACUUUUUCUUUCUAAAUUCCAAGUUCUCGAACUUUUCUGUUCAUCUCAUGAUUCUUUGGUUCAUGUCAAUGUGUUUGAACUGUUAAACUCUAUAUCUGGCUUUGUAUGUUUGUGUGCAUGGAGGUAUCCAUAGUUCCAUACAACUAAGAUGCCAUUUUUCUGCUCAAUGUACAUCAUCUAUAAGUCGCCCUUUAUAUGGGUUACUUCCUUACGUUUCUUUAACUGCAAUGAGCAUCCCUGCAUUGAUAACAUUGAAUAAUCAGUCAUAAGUGUAAGUGAUAGUGUAUAUGUAGGCAGUUAGUUAUAAGCAUAGAGGCAGCUUCUUUUGUAACAUCAAUUGGUGGAUAUGUAUGAUGGGAAAUGUGGUUGCUGGGGCAUGUAUAGCUCAAAUCCGGAUAUUUUCAACCAAAAAGAUCUAAUUGUCAUCUUGAUACCUAUAUGAUAUUGCAGUUGUGUCUUGCUCUUUGUGUUGCGGCCAAUAGUAAUGCUUGGUUUAGCACAGCUGUUCUUGUAACCAAUAUGAGAAACUUCCCUCUCAGCCGAGGCACUGUUGCAGGUAUUCUCAAAGGUUAUGUGGGGCUCAGUGCUGCGGUAUUUACAGAAAUCUACAGUGUACUGCUUCAUAGUUCCUCCUCUAAUCUUCUAUUGUUCCUCGCACUUGGGAUUCCUAUGCUAUGUUUUAUUAUGAUGUAUUUUGUUAGGCCAUGUACUCCGGCUUCUGGUGAAGAUUCUGUUGAACAGGGCCAUUUUCUUUUCAUCCAAGCGGCAAGUAUUGUGCUUGGCGUAUAUCUUCUUACAACCACAAUAAUGAGUGAUGCGCUUUCUUUAAGUACUUCUAUUUCCUAUACUUUUGUUUUAAUAAUGAUUCUCCUUCUCAUGGCUCCACUUGCAAUCCCUGUGAAAAUGACGUUGUACCCCAUGAAACCAAGCAAAUUGGGGACAUUAGAACCAUCAAUUGGGUCUUCAGGCCAUCUGACACAAGAAGAAGACAAUGUAGAAAAAACUGAACCACUGCUGACACCAUCUUCAUCAACAACAAACCUUGGAAGCUUUCGUGAAAAUGAUGAUGCAUCUGAGGUGGCUAUGCUUCUGGCUGAGGGUGAGGGAGCAGUGAAGAAGAAGAGGCGGCCCAAAAGGGGGGAUGAUUUUACCUUUAGUGAAGUUGUAAUGAAGGCAGACUUCUGGCUUCUGUUCUUGGUUUAUUUUGUUGGGGUUGGUUCUGGGGUGACGGUUCUUAAUAAUCUAGCCCAGAUUGGGAUUGCACAAGGUGUGCAUGAUACAAAAAUCUUGCUGUCGCUCUUCAGUUUUUGCAAUUUUGUGGGUCGUCUGGGUGGUGGAGUUGUUUCUGAACAUUUUGUCAGGUCUAGGACAACUCCUCGGACAGUCUGGAUGACAUUGACUCAAAUAAUCAUGAUUGUUACAUACCUUCUGUUUGCUUCUGCGAUGGACGGCACACUUUAUAUUGCAACUGCAUUGAUUGGUAUUUGCUUUGGAGUGCAAUUUUCUGUCAUGAUUCCCACUGUCUCUGAGCUAUUUGGCCUGAAGAACUUCGGUUUAUUCAGCAAUUUUAUGGCUUUAGGGAAUCCAAUUGGCGCAUUCCUUUUCUCUGGUCUCCUAGCAGGGUAUAUAUAUGAUCACGAGGCAGCAAAACAGCAUGGAAUCGAUCGGAUUGGUUCGGGUCUCUCUUGCUUGGGUCCAAAUUGCUUUAGACUCACCUUUCUGGUUCUGGCUGGUGUCUGUGGUGUGGGUACCAUCUUGAGCAUUAUUCUAACUACCAGGAUAAGGCCUGUUUACCAAAUGCUAUAUUCAGGGGGAUCCUUCAGGCUGCCUCAGAGUACAAAUCAUUGAGAUUAACAAGGUGGGGCAUAUAUCUUUUCAGUAUACAUAAUACUGGAGCACGUUUUGAAUAAUACUUGGCGUCAGUAGUGCAGUGGAUGUUUGUGCACGAAUCAUCAAUCCGACUUUUUUCUAGGCCGUAACAGUCUAUUGUAUACGUAUUCUUGUUGUAAUAUGAAUCUACUUUUUCAUUCUUAUAUAUGAAUAAAAUGCUGGGGUUUCUGUGUA